GUGACUCGCGCUUCAACUGUCCCUCUCUUGUUUCAACACCAGCGAAUGUUCAAAAUGGAUGUUGUAAUAUCCACCGCACCACCGCAGGCGGCGGCGAACACCAUCCAGAUCACAUCUCAUCACCAAUACCUCGCGUCCGUUCCGCUCUCGCCUGUAUCGGUGGCACCGUCUCCUCUAGACCAGUUUCACUCGUGGUUCAUCGAUGCCCAACCGUUAGUAUCCGAGCCCGAGGCGAUGGCGCUCACGACCUGCACGAGCGAUGGAAUCCCUUCAACUCGUUUCGUCUUGUUCAAGCAACUCGACGCUCGGGGUUUCGUGUUCUACACCAACUACACGUCUCGAAAGUCGAAGGAACUAGACUCCAACCCUCAUGCUGCGUUAGCGUUCUAUUGGAGGGAAGUCCAUAGACAAGUUCGGAUAGUAGGCCGGGCAGAGAAAGUGAGCAGGGAAGAGAGCGAAGCGUAUUUUAAAUCCCGGCCGAUCGGCAGUCGUCUUGGUGCCUGGGCGAGUCAACAAAGCAAGGUGGUCGGAGAGGGAGAGGUGUCAUCACGUUUGGACAAGGUUAAAACGCGUUUUGGAGCAGAGAGUGAAGAAAACGUCGAGGUGCCAACGCCCGAAUUCUGGGGAGGAUGGCGGAUUGUACCAGACGAAAUCGAAUUUUGGGCAGGGAGGCCUUCACGAUUGCACGAUCGCGUGCGGUAUACGCGCGUUGAAGGAUCAUCGGACGAUGCACCGCAGUGGAAGAUUGAGAGGCUUGCGCCGUAAACGUGUCGACCUCACGCACCUAGCAAGGGGAAGUUCGAGCUAUGGCAACCAGAUCACAACAUCAAUAUGUAUCAUUAACAAAAUAAUAUUAUAGCUAAGCCGAUACAGCGUUAGCCAUGCGCGACAUACAUGCCGACGGAAAUAAU